AGCAUUCUGAUUUCUGACAUUAUUUCAGGAGAAAUGAAAUGCCCCGAGAAUCGGGGAUGGGCGGGGACUUGUUUGUAAACUAUCCGUGAGCCUGUCUCUUUAAGGGUUGAUGUUGGUGAGUGGUUGUGUAAUUGGAUCUGACCCUUUAAGAGCUGCUGAUUGGUGUUGGGAUGGGGGCUACUAUCCACGGGGGCGGACCCUAGGGUAUAUCAGCUCUAACGGCAACCUCAAACCCGCAGUAACAACUUUUAAACUUUGCCAAGCUGCUCUCAAUGGGUGCCCUUAUGAUUCAGUUAGAGGAAAACGGCAGCAACCCGAUGAACAGUUCCGAUUACAAUGAUGAGCUGCCGUGCGAUUACACCGACUGGGAACACUCGUCCUCUGUGGUUCCCGUCCUCUACAUGCUGGUCUUCGUCUUCGGACUGUCUGGGAAUGGAGUGGUUAUCUGCACAGUGUGGAGGUCCCGCACCAAGAGGAGAUCUGCAGAUAUUUACAUCGGGAACCUAGCCUUGGCUGACCUGGCUUUUGUGGUCACCUUACCUCUCUGGGCUGUGUACGCGGCCCUGGACUAUCACUGGCCCUUUGGCUGGUUUCUCUGCAAGGUCAGCAGUUACCUGGUGAUGAUCAACAUGUAUGCCAGCGUCUUCUGCCUGACUUGCCUCAGCUUUGACCGUUACCUGGCCAUUGUGCACUCUCUGUCCAGUAAUAAACUGCGCUCCAGGAGGACCACACUCCUCUCAUUGGCCCUCAUUUGGUUCCUGGCCGGGUUCUUGGCUCUUCCAGCGUUACUUCUGCGCCGGACACAGGGAAGCGAGAACCAGACCACCUGUGCCAUGGACUAUACCUGGGUGGCGAGUGAAAGCACCGAGCAUUUCUGGCUCGGGGGUAUCAGCCUGUUCGCCAGCACUAUGGGCUUUCUUCUACCUUUCCUCCUGAUGUCCACCUUCUACUGUGCCAUUGGCAACACGGUCACAAGGCACUUCCAGAAUGUCAAGAAGGAAGAGCAGAAGAAAAAGCGCCUCCUGAAGAUCAUCAGCGCUCUGGUCCUCGUCUUCGCCAUCUGCUGGCUCCCUUUCCACAUCAUCAAGACCAUUGAUGCCUUCAUCUGGCUAGAUCUCAUCGAUAUCCCCUCCUGUUCCUUCGAUGAAUUCAUUCACUUGGCCCAUCCUUACGCUACCUGUGUCGCCUACAUCAACAGCUGCCUCAACCCGUUCCUCUACGCCUUUUUUGACCAGCGUUUCCGAUCGCAGUGUCUUUGUGUGCUGCGCUGUUCCAGGUUAAAGAAAGCCCUCCACGCCCCGAUCACAUCCAUCUCGUCCAGCAUGAGCAACCCCACCAAAACUGAGGCGCCGUCCUCUGCCACUAAAGUCUAAGAUGCCAGGGGGAGACAGACUCCAGAUAACCCCAAGUACUCUCCGCUUCUUCUUGUCUGUGUUAAUGAGGCCAAUCCCCAAUCCCACCCGGGACAGGCUUAACUCGGACCAACUUCCCGGUACACCAAUUAAGAAUGCUGAAUCUGACCAGGAGAGUUCCAUGAGUACUUGACAGCUCUAGUGCAUCACCCAUUCUUCAAGUGACCUGGUAUAAUCUGAAAUAAAAACAGAAAUGCAAGACUCUUAGAUUAAGAAAGAGAUUGGUUAAUAUUUUGGGGAGCAACUUCAUCAGAGCUAGGGAAAACAGACAAGUCCCUUAGAGGGGUGACGGAAAGGACAGUGAUCAGAUAUGUUCACUUAUAUUACAGAGGCUGGUUAGUUUACAAUUUAUUCACACGCUCAUUACUGAACUCAUAAAAUUCAAACAAUGUUUAAAGGGUCUUAGUGGAACAGGCUCACAAUACAAAUGAUCCUUGUAACCAGUAGUUGUCCUAAGCUAACCUGCCCAUAUUUCUCGUGCAUUGCAAGCUGGAAAGAGGCACCAGCACAAUUCUCAAACAAAAUAAAAGCAACAUUAACUUUUGCCAAUUUGCACAUUAAGUUCCCUGGAGUUAAGUAAAUGAGUGCCUCCUUGUGUGGAGAGAGUGGUCUCCAUCCUGGGCAAAUAGAAACUUUACCUGUGUACAUUUUUCAGUAACUUGGUUCCGAGACUUUUUAAUUACUGCAUUAGCUUUCUGUGCAUAUCAAACCACCAGUUAACCAAAAAUAAAUGCACUGUUAUUUCCAUUUUUUUAACAGUCAAUACACUGCUGUAUGUUUUGAUAAGAUCUAUAAGAGGGGCUUUCUUGGCCUCCCUCUUCCUUGUUUUGAUGAGAAGUUAACCUUUUUUUUGCAGAUGCUGUUGGAUCUUCUGUUUAUUGCUGAUAAGUUCUAUUGCUGAGUGCUGUAGGAAUUAACUGAAAUAUCUUUGGGUCAAUUAUGAGUGCACUAUAAGGAUUAUUGGAUUGGGUAGGGUUAAUGGCAAGUGUUGUGAUUGGAUGAAAGCUCGUGCAUUGAUUUGUGAUAAGCACCACUUAGACACUGGAGAUUGUUAAACAUUAUUUGCCUUAAUAUCUGAUAUGGCUGUACUACCUUGUAUAUUACUUUUUUUAUUUGUUUAAUUUGAAUUGUUUCAGAGCUACUGUAUCACUGUCGGACUGUGGAUCAGUUUGACAUCCUAUAUCAUUACUACAAUAUCAGUCUGUAUUACUAUUGUGCUAUUGUAUGUGAACUUGUGCCUUCCUGUGAAACCCUUUCUUUAAAAGUGUUCAUUUGGAGAGUAAAGCUUCAAACAUGG